GCUGGUCACACCCUCAGGGAUGGUGACAGUGACCUGCCUGGGCUGGUCCUGGUGCCUGGUGUGGUGAGGGGCCCCAGUGUAUCCAGAGGAGCCCAGUGUGCACUGAGGCAGCCAUGGGGCUGCUGACCUGGGAUAAACUGGGGCCUGUGGCUGUGGCCGUGGCCAUCUUCCUGCUCCUGGUGGACCUGAUGCACCGGCGCCAACGCUGGGCCCCACGCUACCCCCCAGGCCCCAUGCCCCUGCCUGGGCUGGGCAACCUGCUGCAGGUGGACUUCCAGGACACGGUUUCCAGCUUUACUCGGCUGCGGCGCCGCUUCGGGGACGUGUUCAGCCUGCAGCUGGCCUGGACGCCCGUGGUCGUGCUCAACGGGCUGGCGGCCAUUCGCGAGGCGCUGGUGCACCGCGGCGAGGACACCUCCGACCGCCCACGUGUGCCGGUGAUGGAGCACCUGGGUUUCGGGCCGCACGCGGAAGGUAAGAGGAGGAGGGGAGGACAGCGGGGUGGUCUUUGCCCGCUAUGGGCACACCUGGCGGGAGCAGCGGCGCUUCUCCGUGUCCACCCUGCGCAACUUCGGCCUGGGCAAGAAGUCCCUGGAGCAGUGGGUGACCCAGGAGGCCUCGUACCUCUGUGCCGUCUUCGCCGACCAGGGCGGCCCUUUAGCCCCGACGCCCUCCUGAAUAAAGCGGUGAGCAACGUGAUCGCCUCCCUGACCUUCGGGCGCCGCUUUGACUACAACGACCCGCACUUCCUUGAGAUAUUGGACCUAACAGAGGACAUACUGAAAGAGCAGUCAGGCUUCCUGCCCCAGGUGCUGAACGCGAUCCCCAUGCUCCUGCACAUCCCGGGGCUGGUCGCCAAGGUCUUUCCUGGGCAGAGGGCCUUCAUGGCCCAGUUGGAUGAGCUGGUUGCUGAGCGCAGGAUGACCCGGGACCCGGCCCAGCCUCCUCGAGACCUGACUGAUGCCUUCCUGGACGAGGUGCAGAAGGCCAAGGGGAACCCGGAGAGCAGCUUCAAUGAUGACAACCUGCGCCUGGUGGUGUCUGACCUGUUCGCCGCUGGGAUGGUGACCACCUCAACAGCGCUGGCCUGGGCCCUCCUGCUCAUGAUCCUGCACCCGGAUGUGCAGCGCCGUGUCCAACAGGAGAUCGAUGAGGUGAUAGGGCAGGCGCGGCGACCAGAGAUGGGGGACCAGGCCCGCAUGCCCUUCACCAUGGCCGUGGUCCACGAGGUUCAGCGCUUUGGGGACAUCGCCCCAGUGGGCGCGCCCCACAUGACGUCCCGUGACAUUGAAGUGCAGGGCUUCCUCAUUCCCAAGGGCACCACGCUCAUCCCCAACCUGUCAUCGGUGCUGAAGGACGAGACCGUCUGGAAGAAGCCCUUCCGCUUCCACCCCGAGCACUUCCUGGACGCCCAGGGCCGCUUCGUCAAGCAGGAGGCCUUCAUGCCCUUCUCAGCAGGCCGCCGCUCGUGCCUCGGGGAGCCCCUGGCCCGCAUGGAGCUCUUCCUCUUCUUCACCUGCCUCCUGCAGCGCUUCAGCUUCUCGGUGCCCGCUGGGCAGCCCCGCCCCAGCGACCACGGUGUCUUUGGCACCCUGGUCUCCCCGUCCCCCUACCAGCUCUGUGCUGAGCCCCGCUAGAGGAGGGCAGCAAGCCCCCAACCGUGUCCUUCACGGGGGACCUGAUGUCCAAUAAACCAUUCUGAUGGCUCCAA